GUCGGCAAACGCCUCUGAAGCCUAGCAGCACCUGACUGCCUUGGUCAGUCAACUGACUCUGUGCUGGUAUCCCUUCCAGGCAGAUAGCUGCAGCGCAACGACUACCCCAUGGGGAACCAUGUCUCUGCCCUGACGCAGUGGGCGCAUAGGUACCAAGGUACGUAGGUACCUAGGUAGGUGCAUGGGGACUGGGCUGCUGCGGAAGUGGAGGUGCUCUCUUGUCGCUAUUGCGUCCGCGAAGCACGCAAUCCAAGAUUCGUCGAGGCAUUCUGGGAAAGGGGGCGUAUAAAAGGUGUGGAGCGGCGCAGCCCCAAGUCGACGCAAAAAACAACAGACAGCAGAGCGGACUCGUGGCAGCCGUCGCCCUCGAUCUCCAUCCUCUCCUCCCCCUCUUUUUCGUUUCUCUCCCUCUCCCUAUCUCUGCAAAGCAGCUACUACAACAAAGAAGCGGGCCCGCGAUGGACAAGAACGGGUCGUCGGGCGGGUCGGCGCACCAGGUCGAGAAGACGGCGUCGCCCGGCCCGGAGGACGACGCGGCGGCGGACCUGGCCAACGCGGCCGAGACGGGCCUGGGCGUGCGCGAGGCGCUCCGGCUCUACUGGAAGGCCGUGGCGUGGUCCGUGUGCGUGUCCAACGCCACCAUCAUGGAGUCGUACAUGAUAAUGCUCUCCAACGCCUUCUACGCCCAGCCGCAGUUCCAGCGCGCCUUUGGCGAGCCGCUGCCCGGGGGCGGCGGCGGUUACUCCAUCACGGCUCAGUGGCAGGUCGGCGUCUCCAUGGCCGGGCUCGUCGGCCUGAUCGCGGGCACGUUGAGCAACGGGUACUUUGCCGAGCGUUGGGGCUUGCGCAAGGUCAUGGUUGUGAGCCACCUGUCGCUCGUGGCGUUUGUGUUUAUCCUGUUUUUUGCGCACAACAUUGAGAUGGUUACGGUGGGCAGUCUGUUGCUCUCCGUCCCCUGCGGCUUCUUCGCGGCUGCCACGCCCACGUACGCGGCCGAGGUGACGCCGCUCCGGCUGCGCGGCUACCUGACCGUCUACGUCAACCUGUGCUGGGUCAUCGGCAAGCUCCUCGCCUUCUCCGUCCUCGCGGGCACGCUCUCGAUCCCGAGCGAGUGGGCGUACCGCCUCCCCUUUGCGCUCCAGUGGGUCUGGCCGCUCCCGCUGGCCGUGGCCACGUGGCUCGCGCCCGAGUCGCCCUGGUGGCUGGUGCGGCAGGGCCGGCACGACGAGGCCCUGCGCUCGCUCGAGCGCCUCGUCGUCGCGGGCGCCGGCGAGAGGGCCGACCCGCGCAACACGCUCGCCAUGAUCCGCCGCACCGUCGACGCCGAGCGCGCCACGCUGCUCCAGGGCUCGGGGUCCGGCGGCAGCUACCUCGACUGCUUCCGCGGCACCAACCUCCGGCGCACCGAGAUCGCCAUGGUCAGCUGGGGGUGCCAGAUCCUGCCCGGGUUCGUGGUGCAGAACUACAUCACCUACUUCUUCACCCUCGCCGGCCUGCCGACCGCCAGCUCCUUCUACCUGUCCAUCGGCAACGCCGGGCUCGCCUUUGUCGGCACCGUGUCGUCGUGGUUCGUCAUGACGCGCUGGGGGUGGCGCACCAUGUACCUGGGCGGCCUGGCCGCCAUGAUCCCCGUCAUGGGGCUCGUCGCCUUCCUCGACUUCGCCGCGCGCCCGGGCCCCGCCGGCGACGCGGUCCGCUGGGCGCAGUGCUCGCUCCUGCUGGUGUGGUUCUUCACGUACGGCAUCAGCAUCGGGCCCAUCCCGUACGGCAUCGCCGCCAACGUGGGCGCGGCCUCGCUGCGGCCAAAGACGAUCGCGCUGGGGCGCAACACGUACUACAUCUUCAGCAUCGUCAACACCGUCGUCGCCCCCUACAUGCUCAACCCGGCCCAGCUCAACCUGAAGGGCAGGGCCGCGUUCCUGCCGUGGGCGCUGACGUUGGUCAUGCUGGCGUGGGCGUACUUCCGUCUCCCCGAGCUCAAGGGGCUGACGCAGGAGACGGUCAACCACCUGUUUGAGACGCGCGUUCCCGCGAGGAGGUUUGCCGAGAAGGGUAGGGAGUGCCAGUGAUGGGCGGCAUAUAUCAGAGCAGAUAGAAAAUUGAAAUGACUCGAACCAUCAGGUUGGCUUUUUUUGUAGUUCAUUCGCAACCUCAUAUAGACAUCAUUAAUGACCCAUCG